CUUUGCCCCCUCCCUCCACAACAGUGUCCACUUGUCUUAUCUAGAUUUCUCUUCAAGGUCUUAAGAUCCAGUGCUGGAGCGGAGAAUCCUCUGUGUCGGAUCUGAAAAUUAAACCUUACCUUCAUCAGUCGGCUGAACUGCUGCAGAAGAAAUAACAGCGCUUGGUUCUGUACCAUUCGGAGCCUCUUGGAUCUGAUGCAAAACUCUACAGCAGGUUCAGCUUGAAGCCCAGGGACCACUGCUCAUGUGCAGGAUUAAUACUUAAUGAAGGGAGACGUGCCAUCUUAUCACUAGGUGAACUUUUUUUGAAGUUUAGGUGGAAGAUUUUCAACUCAACCGGGGCCAGAGAGACACUCAGAGUUGGAUCUGCUUCCUCUGAACCAGAACAACAGAUAAAAGACAUCGGGACAGAGGACAAGACAUUUCAUUACACAUUACACAAACCUGCGUGGUUAAUGUCCGGGCUUCAGUAGCUUCCUGGAUUUUUGUAAACACCACAAACAUUUGGAGUUUGGAAUAAAAACCUUUUUUUUUUACAGCUGGAACACAAAAGCUAGCGCUCGCCAUGGCAGAGAGGAGACGGGCCGGCUACAGUGUCAACAGGAAGAUCCUGGAUGAAGGAGCGGUGGAUGAGAUGGCAGAAAAGUCUGAGUCAAAAACAUCGCUUUGUGAGAAAGUCAAGCAGUCGCUGAGGUGUUCUGGUCCCCGGUUGAAGAACUGCCUGCUGGGUAGUUUUCCUGUCGCAUCAUGGCUGCCUCGUUACUCCAUCAGAGACAACGCCCUGGGCGACCUGAUCUCUGGGAUCAGUGUGGGGAUCAUGCAGCUGCCGCAGGGUAUGGCCUACGCCUUGCUGGCGUCUGUUCCUCCGGUCUUUGGACUCUUCUCGUCCUUCUACCCCGUCCUCAUCUACUUCCUCUUCGGCACAUCCAAGCACAUCUCCAUCGGGACAUAUGCAGUGAUGAGUGUGAUGAUAGGAGGGGUGACAGAUCGAUUAGCCCCUGACUCAAACUUUAUGAUAUGGGACAAUGAGACCAACUCCAGUAUCGUUGACACCAUCUCCCGGGAUGCAGAGAGGGUCCGAGUGGCUGCAGCCGUCACCUUCUUAUCUGGAUUAUUUCAGAUUCUACUCGGUCUGGUCCAGUUUGGUUUCGUGGUGACCUACCUGUCUGAGCCUCUGGUCCGAGGUUACACCACAGGAGCCGCCAUCCACGUCAUCGUGUCCCAGCUCAAAUACACGUUCGGCAUCAGCCCUGUGAGACACAGCGGGCCUCUGUCACUGAUAUAUACUGUGGUGGAGGUGUGUUAUCUCCUUCCACAGACUAACAUUGGGACUCUCGUGGUCAGUAUUGUCGCCAUCAUCGGCCUCAUCCUCACGAAGGAGCUCAAUGCAUACUUGAGUAAGAAACUACCUGUUCCUAUACCUGUGGAGCUGCUGGCUGUGGUUGUUGCCACACUGGUGUCGUGGCAGGUGAACCUGCAGGACAGAUAUGGAGUGGAUGUGGUGGGCUUUAUUCCGUCAGGUCUCCAGCCACCCAUUCUCCCAGCAGCCUCUCUGUUUGGUCAGGUGAUAGGAGACGCCUUCGCUCUGGCUGUGGUUGGCUACGGCAUCGCCAUCUCACUGGGACGAAUCUUCGCCCUGAAAUACGGAUACAAGGUGGACAGCAACCAGGAACUCAUCGCUCUGGGUCUGAGUAACUCCAUCGGAGGGAUUUUCCAGUGUUUCGCCAUCAGCUGCUCCAUGUCUCGCACCAUGGUUCAGGAGAGCACAGGAGGGAAGACUCAGGUUGGUAGCAGUCUAUCAGCUGUAGUUAUCCUCUUCAUCGUGCUCUGGAUCGGGGCUCUCUUUGAAGAGCUGCCCAAGGCAGUGCUGGCUGCCAUCAUCUUUGUCAACCUCCACGGCAUGAUGAAGCAGUUCUUGGACAUCCCUGCCCUGUGGAGGAGCAACAGAAUAGACAUGGUAAUCUGGAUGGCCACCUUCAUCCUCACCCUGCUGUUGAACCCUGACCUGGGCCUCGCCGCAGCCAUCGCGUUCUCCAUGCUCACCGUCAUCUUCAGGACACAGCUACCUAAAUACUCCCUGUUAGGACAGGUCCCAGACACUGACAUCUACAGGCCACUGGAGGACUACAGUCAGGUGAAAAAGCUUCCAGGGAUUUUGAUCUUCCGUUCCUCUGCCACCCUCUACUUCGCCAACGCUGAGAUGUACCAAGACGCUCUGGGUGAGAAGUGUGGUGUUGACAUCACCAAGAUCCUGUCAGCAAAGAAGAAGCUCGAGGCCAAAAGAAAGAGGCAUGAGAAGAAAAACGCCAAGAAAGCCAAGAAGAACGCAGGAGAUACGGAGGAGCCAGAGAGGGUGGAGCAGGAGGACAUUGCCGUCAUUGAGAUGGAUGCUGAGUCUAACCCCUCCCUCCCAAGAGCCAUCAUCCUCGACCUCAGCCCCGUCAACUUCCUGGACACUGUGGGAGUCAAGACGCUACGAAACAUCCGGAGGGACUAUGGGGAGACCGGUGUAGAGGUGCUGCUCGCUGGCUGUCAGACUGGGGUGGUGGACAACCUGCAGACUGGAGGCUUCUUCACUGACAAAGUGACCAAGUCCUGUCUCUUCUACACCAUCCAUGAUGCUGUUCUGCACUGUCAGUCUGCAAUGACACAGAGCCAAGACAAGGGAAUCACAGCGACACAUUUCUGAGUCCUGAGAGGAAAGAUGGAGGACAGACUCUCUGUGUGAGACUUUAUCCUCUGAGCUUCAGAUAACUGGGACUCCUGUCUGACACACACACACACACACACACACACACACACACACAC